AUGGACAAAGUUCCGUUCGAGAUCCUCGCCGCAAUCCUUAGGGUCACAGUUCACUCGAUGCCCAAGAAUGCGGCACUCAAUCUCCGCUUCGUCUGCAGGGCCUUUGAUACUGCUUUGAAGCCUAUCCUGUGCCAGACCCUUAAUCUCGAGUUCACGAGGCUCAGUCGGUUCAGUCACAGGCGGCCCCCAACCCCAGAGGGUCUUCAAACCAUUGGGUAUCAUUGCACUUCCCUGUACAUUGACCUCAUGUUGUUAAGGGACGAACUCGAGGUUGGUUUUCUAAAAACCUUGUUUCGCGACGUCCCGUCUAUGACGGAGUUUUGCGACACACUAAACACCCGGUAUUGCAUGAACCCCAGGUCUUUUACAGAGGAGGAGUAUCGUGCAAGUGUGACGGAACUUCUCUUCUACUGCAACCGGGUAGAACGGAUCAGACUGAAUUUGCCAUUUCCUCUUGUCGGACCGCAUUGCACCGCUGUUACAUCGACGUUGGCUAAUACGUUCGCCGCCUUGAACCGCAAGGAGGACGAGGAGGUGGAAUAUUCGAAACUCAAGGUCCUCGUCCUCGAGAAUGCCGCCGAUAUUUCCAUCUGCAGCCUUUGGAUGAAUCCCCUGGAUGUCGUCAACAUAAGGAAGUCGAUAGAGUGCCUGGAGCAUUUUGUCAUCUCGAUAAGAAGACGCGAGCCUCUCUUAGACAGAUAUCCCAUCUACGCAAUCUCCCUUUGGAGCCUGAUCGCAUCUGCCAGCUUGUUAAGAACGCUCAGCCUUGUCGGAUUGGACUGCGACCACCGGCCUCCCAAGUCCAUCAAACACACAGUUUCAAGUACCGUGGAUGAAAAGCUCAAAAGAGUUGAGAUCUCAGCAGAUUUCUUCUCGUCGGCGAGGAGCAUCUUUGGCAAGACGCUUCGCGAGCUCUUCCUAAAUGAGGUGUAUCUGAAGGUUAGCGGCACUGAACCAGAUCAGACUCACCCUUUCAAGGUAUUAUGGGUUGGGCUCCCGAAUACUCGUCCGCGGGAAGGCGACAUUUGGGUGGCCCAUGUCAUCCGUGAAAACCUGCCAAAGCUCCGUGUUUGCAGAGCUAGUCGGCUUGGGUACGACUUUUACGGCACGGAGGCUGGAUUAGAGGCAUGCCAGAACUUCGAUCUUGACGACCCUUGUGGUCUUAAGCGGACGCUUGCGCGGCGCUUCGUCGAAGUUGUGACCGGCUACGAUCAACCUAAGCUAGAAUCCGGAGAACCUUGCAUAAUGCUCUCCCCUCAGAGAGAGCAUUCCCAAGUUUGGAAGGAGGAGCUGAAACCCGUAUCCAAACGCAUGCGGCCCUCCGAGUGGGAUACCAUUGCUUACCAGAGCCUGGUAGCUAACCCCACAUCAGCCUGGCUGAGGAGCAUCGACGGGAUCUUCCCAAACUGCAACAAGGGGACCCUUGAUGAGUUGCAUGCCAUCGCCCAGACUGCGUGCACUGGCAUGAACAAACUUACGGAGCACCGGAACUCGCUGGCAGGAGAGGCUCUGGUUGUCGAGGGUGGCGACUCAGGUUCGGAUACCAUCAACACGCCUCAGGUCCACCAGGUUGACUGGAAUCAGACCAGUCUUCAAUAA